AUGAUGUGUUCACGUCAGAUAGAAUUUGUAGUUGCCAACCGGCUUUUGGGUAUUUUAUGUGUCACAUUAGGCGAUUGUUUAUUCGUUUGGAUUGGAGAAAAAGCGGAGAUGAAAACGCUGAAUUUUUCGUUUGAGAAGAUGGGAAUGAAUCUAUUGCAAUCGUUGGAUGACAUUGCCACAAAUUUUACGACAAAGUUGAGUCGCCUUUUGCCGAAGAAACAACAGAAAGCCGUUAGCGAUGAAAUAAUUGUAAAAAAAACGCCGAAAGGAAAAUUGGAUAAGGCAAUUGAUGAAGAUAAACCGUAUGAAGAUCCAUAUCUACCUCGACAUCCUGGAAAUGUUAAUCCAAAAACGGGUGAAGUUGGUGGCCCAGCUGGUCCAGAACCAACUCGUUAUGGUGAUUGGGAGCGCAAAGGCCGUGUCACCGAUUUCUAA